AUGGCAUUAACAGAUUACUUUUCCCCUGUAGCGUUCUUUAUCUUACUUCGAGAAUCACUUGAAGCAGGUAUAAUCAUUGCCGUAUUAUUGGGAUUCAUAACUCAGCUCGUACCAUCUCUAGUGAAACCAUCUGAACCUCUUUCAGGAAAUUCAGGUCCAGGUUUGCGAUCAGAAUCAGAAUUAGAAUCAGAAUAUAAUCAUCGUCAAUCUGAAGAUUCAGCUAGGUCAUCACAGGAAUUACUGUCUUCCACAACGAAUAAUAGAAGUUCAUACGGUGCUUCCAGAUCAAGAUCAAGAUCGAAUUCUCCAUCGCCAUAUGGGCACGAUCAACAAAGAACAGAAAAUCAAUCACUACUAUCGACAUCUCAAAACAAAAACAAAAUAUUCAAUUCGGAUGAAAAUGAAAAUGAUCAAGAACAAGAAGAGGCAUUGGAAGGUGUAGAAGGAGGAGCAGCAGUGGUGGUGGUGGUGGGAGAAAAUGACAAAGAUAAGGUGAUAAAGAAAAUGAAAAUACAAAUUUGGUCAGGGGCAAUUUUAGGUGGUACAGUAGCCAUGGCCAUUGGAGCUAUUUUCUUAUAUGUCUUCUACACAUAUACACACGAUCUAUGGCAGGAUGCAGAGAAUUUAUGGGAAGGUGGUUUUUGUCUAUUAGCUUCUUUAUUGAUUCUCGUAAUGUCAUUGGCCUUCCUUCGAUUACCUCACGCACAAGUGAAAUGGCGAUUAAAGCUAUUAUCGGCAUAUCAAUCUCAAGCUGAAUCAGAUCCUGAAAAUACCCUCACUCAUCACCACCAUCAUGGUCAUAAUCAUAGUCACAGUCAUGAACCUACUGCGAUCUUGUUUGGUUUACCUUUUAUCACUGUCCUGAGAGAAGGUCUGGAAGGCGUAGUCUUUCUAGGUGGGAUUGGGUUGAGUGAAAAAGGAAGUGCGGUUGCUGGAGGUGGAAUUGGUGGACUGGUAGUUGGUGGUACUAUUGCCUACUUAUUAUUCUCCUCAACAACACCAUUAUCAUUGAACAGAUUCGUUCAAUUCUCAUCUUUGUUAUUGUUCAUGAUAGGCGCAGGAUUAGCUUCCAGAGCGGCAUAUUCAUUUGAAAGGCAAUAUUUCAUUUCAUACGUUGGUACAGCAGCUGCCGAAGCUGGAAAUGGUCCAGGAUCCUAUAGAGUUAAAGGUAACAUAUGGCAUUUGACUUGGUGGGAUCCAGAACCUGGUUCAGGUGAUAACAUGGCUCAAUUAGCUCAAGCCGUCAUAGGUUGGAACAAUACUGGAACAAUCUGGACUGUCUCAACAUACAUCCUUUACUGGGUCCUAAUCACCCUCACACUUGUAUAUGCGAAAUACAAAGAAGGUCGUGCAGCUUUAUGUGGUCAUUUAUCGAAGAGAGGAUGGGAAAGAGAAUAUCAAAAGAGAGAAAACGGUGAUAUGGAUAAUCAAGUUCUGUUAGAUGAUAGAAGUGAUAUUGGGGAAUAA